CAAGGGAAACCAACUUCAUAAGCGGUGCUAGUCUGCCGCCAAACCCUUUCAAACAAUAGACACUGACUGAGGUGAGGUGAGACAUUUUAUCUCUUGAAGAUAAGAGAAGCAGACAAUUUGUAGAUGUGAUGUGAUGUCAGACUCAAAUUAUCGAAUCCGGAAUUUGAUUGGUCACUUGCAGGGCACCACUCAAGGUCAGACUGUACUUCUUGGGCUUAACGAGACAUCAUCAACAAUGGCAGGUAGUCCUUUAACUACUCAUGUACUAGACACAGCGCUAGGCCGACCAGCUCAAAACCUUGCCAUCGACGUGUCUUAUCAACGUUCAGAAUCCCAAGAAUUUGAUGUCAUCGCGAGAGGGAAAACCAACAGUGAUGGUAGAGCACCCAACUUGUUAACUCAAGCUCAGUUCAUUGCUGGAGUCUACAAGAUCAAGUUUGAUACAGGAAGUUACUUCAAAUCAAUCCAGACUGUUGGGUUUUAUCCAUAUGUAGAGAUUGUGUUUGAGAUUCAUAACCCAAAUCAACAUUACCACGUACCGUUACUUCUAAGUCCAUAUUCCUACAGUACCUACCGAGGUAGCUAAUGAGAUGCUUUAGAUCAGAGCCCAAUUUCCUCAAAGCCUGUAAGCACAACAACAUUGCUAAGCACAGAAAAUCUUGCUUAGCUAC